CUAAGCUGUUCAGAAAUCCUGCUGACAAGUUGCUGCUCAUAGUGUGCUUUACAAGGUAUAAAGUCACACUUCCUUCUUCAUAUAUCGCAGUAUAUAAGUUGUACUGUGCACCAUAUUGAGGCACAGACAGUGGUGGAUGUUGGAAGUGGCUUUUUUUCUCUUGAGCCUCAGUUGUUACCAGUGAGUGAGAGAGAAUGGAGCCAGGUCAGAUGGUGUACACUGUGACGGAGGGUCUGAUUGGUCUGAUCUGUUGUGUGGGGAACCUGCUAGUGAUGGUGGUUCUUUGGUCCAGCGGGAGCCUGCAGCAGGAGCCCACCUACGGCCUGCUGUUCUCCCUGUGUGUGGCGGAUGCUCUGGUGGGGGCUGUGGUCGUCCCUCUGGCAGUGAUGGUAGAUGGGCACAUCACUACCUCCUUCAGCCUGUGUCUGUUUAUCAGCUGUGUGCUCCUGCUCCUCACACUGGCCUCUGUGCUCUGCCUCACAGCUAUAGCAGUGGACAGGUACCUCAGGGUCUACAUCCCCAUAAGAUACAAAAGAACAGUGACUCAGAGACACUCCUGGUUGGUGGUUGCUGGAUGCUGGCUUGUUGCGUUCCCUCUCAGCUUCACUCCCAUGUUUGGAUGGUACAACAAGGAAACUCUGGCCCACUCAAACAACUCCAUUAUUCUCUGUCAGUUCAUUGCUGUCAUCCCCAUGUCUUACAUGGUUUAUUUUAUUUUUUUCCUCUGUACACUAAUGCCUUUGUUGGUGAUGAUAAUACUGUAUUUUAAAAUAUUGGACCAUUCAUAGAAACCUGAGAAAUAAACCAGGGAAUGGAGUUCAGACACAAUCCCACCUGUAUAUGAAAAAAGAGAGACAACUUGCAGCUUCGCUCUUUCUUGUUUUGCUUUUGUUUGCUGCAUGCUGGUUGCCUCUAAACAUUAU